AAAAUCAAAGGCCUCCCUAGCUAAGAGGAGAAAGAGAAAUAGGAGAGUGAGAGAAAGAAGCGGAGAGGAGAGAGAAAAUGGGUGAGGUAGCAGAAACAGUGACGAAGAAGAAGAAAGGUAGACCAUCUCUUCUAGACCUUCAGAAGCGAGCCAUCAAACAGCAACAACUACAAAAGCUGCACAACAAUGACCAUAGAUCCGCUCCUCCCAAAAACCCUAAUUCUCUCAACUCCGGCACCCGAUCCAAGCGCCGGAACCCUAAUCGAAACAGAGCCUCUUCCGGAGAAGAGGAAGAAGACGACGACGAGCGGCGGGAAAAGAAACACAGACUCUUACGCGGAUUCAACUCCCACUCCCGUCGACAUUCUCCUAAUUCAAAAUCUCGUGGCACUUCUCACGGAUCUGGAUUCACGGGAGAAAAGGCUUCAGACAUUCUUCAAGGGUCUCCCGUUGAGUCUGGUCCCACUACACCUUUGCCAGACAAAAAGUUGUUGUUGUUCAUUCUCGACAGACUUCAAAAGAAAGAUACUUAUGGCGUUUACUCUGAUCCUGUUGAUCCUGAGGAGCUUCCUGAUUAUCAUGAGAUUAUCGAUAAUCCAAUGGAUUUCAGCACACUCCGCAAGAAAUUAGACUCUGGAGCUUAUUCCAGUUUAGAACAAUUUGAGGGAGAUGUGUUUUUAAUAUGUUCAAAUGCGAUGGAAUACAAUUCAUCAGACACUGUAUAUUAUCGACAGGCACGGGCUAUACAAGAACUGGCGAAAAAACACUUCGAGAAUUUGAGGCAAGACAGUGAUGAUGAAGAACCGCAAACCGAACAACAGCAGCAGCAGCUAAAAGUUGCCGAAAGAGGCCGUCCGCCAAAGAAACAACAGACUGAACCAUCUUGCUUAGAACGUACUUCUUCUGAAAUUUCAGCUGAUGCGCUCAAUCCUGGAGGAGAUAGCUCUAAUAAGUUUUCCAGUGCUUACAAUCUGAGAAGGACAUCGGUUAGGAUCAAUCAUGACAAUGAAACCCAAAGUGGCUGUUCGGUAGAUUGGGAGAACGACUUUCCACCUUCGGUUGUGAAGGCCGUUAACAAGUAUGGGAUGAAACAUUUCGAUGUCGAUGAUAACAGACGCGAUACCUACAACAACCACCUCUCAACUUCUACACAAGAGCCGUGGGUUUUGACAACACUCGAAGACGAGUUAAAACAGUUGAUUCCAGUUGGACUUAACACUGAGUACGGUUACACGAGGAGCCUGGCACGAUACGGAGCGAAUCUCGGUCCUCUUGCCUGGAAAAAUGUAUCAAGGAGAAUCGAAACCGCUUUGCCAGCUGGAAUCAAAUUUGGUCUAGGUUGGGUCGGAGAGGAUGAUCCUCCAAAACAAACGCUAUUAGUGUGGUCGUUGGGAAAGCAGAAGUGUUCUAAUGACUUGUUGUCUGGUGACCAUUCAGACAGGAUCAUGUCUCCAACCGCUUCAGUAUCAAGCGCUUUUAUAGGGAACAAACGUUCUUCUUCUCAAGGAGUCGAAGAUACUGCACCUGCUCGUGUCCUGAAGCGAGAAACCGAGUUCCCAUCCUCCUCCUCCUCUCGCCAGUCAGGAUCGCUGUUCAAGCCUGAAAACAGCAACGGUCUAAUCCGUGGUUUCAGUGGUUUCAGUCAAAGUCCGAUGAUGGGAUUCACGAGACAGCAACAACCAAACUUAAGCAACGAGGCCAAACCGGGCUGGCAACAACAAGGGUUGUUGUUUCCUUAUAACAAACAGGAGUUCCACCGCUUUCCACUGGACCUUAACGCUAGGCUUGUAUCACCAAACUCUCCGCAGAAUGGGUCCUCGUCGCAGCAGCAUCCGGAUCUGGCAUUACAGCUCUAAAAGAUGAAUGAAUGAUUCUUUGAAAGAGGAAGGAUGGAGAAAAAGAAAAGAGGCAUUUUCCAUUGGCUAUCUCAACCAUAUGUUUUCUGGUACGAAAAUCACUUGUGGGGGGAGGUCGUGACCUAUUCGUUUGUGAACUUGUGACAUGAAAAUAUAUAUGGGACAAGUGUCUCUAUUGUACAGAUUGUUGCAACAUCCAUAUUUUUAGGGAGUUUUAAGAGAGAAUGAACGAAACAAACAACAGAUGUCUGUUGUAAGACUUGCCGGCUUCGAUUCUUUAAUUCCUCGGUAAUUAGGUACUCUACAUUGAAACUAA